CCUUCCUGGAGCCUCCGCUGAGGCAGAGGCGGCGCGGCGGCCAGGAGGGGGGCGGCUAGUGGCCAGAGCGACACGCGCUCGCCGCGACCCUAUGCUGUGACUCGUGCGGCGCAGGCGCCUCCUGCCCCGCCGGCGGGGCUCGGGCUUCCCGCGGCGGGAUGUUCUCCCGAAGGAGCCACGGGGAUGUGAAAAAGUCCACGCAGAAGGUGCUGGACCCCAAGAAGGACGUGCUGACCCGCCUGAAGCACCUGCGGGCGCUGCUGGAUAAUGUGGAUGCAAGCGAUCUUAAGCAGUUUUUUGAGACCAACUAUUCUCAGAUAUAUUUCAUCUUCUAUGAAAAUUUUAUAACACUGGAAAAUAGCUUGAAGUUAAAAGGGAAUAAUAAGUCACAAAGGGAGGAGCUGGACUCCAUCCUCUUUCUUUUCGAAAAAAUACUGCAGUUUCUACCUGAACGAAUUUUCUUUCGAUGGCAUUACCAGAGUAUAGGCUCAACUUUAAAGAAGCUUCUACACACUGGAAAUUCUAUUAAGAUAAGAUGUGAAGGAAUCAGACUGUUUCUUUUGUGGCUUCAAGCACUUCAGACAAACUGUGCAGAAGAGCAGGUGCUGAUUUUUGCUUGCCUGGUGCCUGGUUUCCCAGCAGUCCUGUCAUCCAGGGGGCCCUGUACACUGGAGACACUCAUCAACCCUAGCCCUAGUGUAGUUGAUGCAAAAAUAUACCCAGAAGAAAUCACCCCACUUCUGCCAGCCAUAUCAGGAGAGAAGAUUGCCGAGGACCAGACCUGCUUUUUUCUUCAAAUACUGUUGAAAUAUAUGGUUAUCCAGGCUGCAAGCUUGGAGUGGAAGAAUAAGGAGAAUCAAGAUACUGGUUUUAAAUUUCUUUUUACAUUGUUUCGAAAGUAUUAUCUUCCUCAUUUGUUUCCAUCAUUUACUAAGUUAACCAACAUCUACAAACCUGUACUUGAAAUCCCCCAUUUGAGACCAAAGCCGGUAUAUGUUACUAUAACUCGAGAUAAUGAAACAAUUUACAGUACAAAAAUUCCAUACAUGGCAGCUCGUGUUGUUUUCAUUAAGUGGAUUGUAACUUUCUUUUUGGAAAAAAAAUAUUUAACUGCAACACAAAACACUAAAAAUGGAGUUGAUGUAUUGCCUAAAAUCAUCCAGACAGUUGGUGGAGGUGCAGCACAAGAAAAGGUGCCAGGGCUGGAUGGUGACGGGUCCACAGAGCAGGACAAAAGCCAUUCUAACAGUAGCACCCUGUCUGACCGAAGACUCAGCAACUCCAGUCUCUGUAGCAUUGAAGAAGAGCAUCGAACAGUAUAUGAAAUGGUGCAGCAAAUCCUCCUGUCAACACGGGGUUAUGUGAAUUUUGUGAAUGAAGUAUUUCGACAGGCAUUUUUGUUGCCUUCCUGUGAGAUAUCUGUAACAAGAAAAGUAGUUCAAGUAUACAGGAAGUGGAUCCUGCAGAACAAACCUGUGUUCAUGGAGGAACCAGAUAAAAAGGAUGUUGCCCAAGAAGAUGCUGACAAAUUAGGAAUUUCAGAGACUGACUCCAAGGAGGCCUCGUCUGAAAGUUCUGGUCAUAAACGAUCAUCCAGCUGGGGACGCACCUAUUCCUUCACAAGCGCCAUGAGCAGAGGGUGUGUGACAGAGGAGGACAACACAAAUGUGAAAGCCGGGGCCCAAGCUAUGUUGCAGGUCUUUCUUACAAAUGCUGCGAAUGUCUUUUUGCUGGAACCGUGUGCUGAAGUUCCCAUGCUCCUGAGAGAACAGGUAGAUGCCUGUAAAGCUGUUCUGAUUAUUUUUCGGCGCAUGAUAAUGGAACUUACAAUGAAUCAAAAGACAUGGGAGCAGAUGUUGCAAAUCCUUCUCAGGAUAACAGAAGCUGUCAUGCAGAAGCCAAAGGAUAAGCAUGUAAAGGACUUGUUUGCCCAGAGCUUGGCAGGGUUGCUCUUCAGGACACUUAUCGUGGCUUGGAUCCGAGCAAACCUCUGUGUGUACAUUUCUCGGGAGCUUUGGGAUGACUUUCUAGGUGUGCUGUCAUCCCUCACAGAAUGGGAGGAACUCAUCACCGAGUGGUCCAACAUCAUGGACUCUUUGACAGCUGUGCUUGCAAGAACUGUGUAUGGAGUUGAGAUGACAAACCUACCUCUAGAUAAAUUAAGUGAACAAAAGGAGAAGAAACAACGUGGCAAAGGUUGUGUUCUAGAUUCCCAAAAAGGGACCUCUGUUGGUAGAUCCUUUUCUCUCAGCUGGCGUAGCCAUCCAGAUGUGACUGAGCCAAUGAGAUUCAGAAGUGCUACCACAUCUGGAGCACCAGGAGUUGAGAAGGCAAGAAAUAUUGUUCGCCAAAAAGCAACUGAAGUGGAGGAACUCCAGCAGGCGGAGAGCACACUUGCAGCUGACUCUGAGUAUCUUGUGGUGGGACAGCAGCAGGUCCCCCGCAGCAGCAGCACCUCUGACAUCACUGAGCCUUUCUGCUCAGAUUCUUCUCAAGGUUACAGCCCCAUGCUGCCUCAACCAGCUUUUUACAUGGCCUCUGGGGAUCUGAACUCAGGUCCUUAUGCUUGCACAGCAGGCACUUUACCAUUGAGCCAUCUCCCCAGCCCAGGUCAAAAGGUAGAAAAUUCACAGAAUUUGAGCUCUUCAGAAUCCAAGUCUGUUCAAGAGAGUAAAGGACAUGUGAAGCGGGAACAUGAAGGAAUAACAAUCUUGGUUCGAAGGAGCAGCAGUCCUGCUGAGUUGGAUCUGAAGGAUGAUUUACAGCAGACACAAGGAAGAUGCAGGGAGAGACAGAAGAGUGAAAGUACUGGUAGUGACACAGCUGUGGGCUCCAGCAACGAGACAGAGCUACCCAUGAGCCAGUGGCAGACCUGUGAUGAGGACCCAGAACUCAGCACUCCCACAGAUGCUGUGCCUGACUCUGAUGCCCGCCAUUGGUUACAACUGAGUCCUACUGAUGCUUCAAACCUAACAGAUAGCAGAGAAUGCCUUGCAGACGACUGUAGUAUAAUUGCUGGAGGGAACCUCACUGGCUGGCACCCAGACUCCGCUGCUGUGUUAUGGAGAAGAGUCUUGGGAAUCCUUGGGGAUGUGAAUAAUAUCCAGUCACCGAAGAUCCAUGCCAGGGUUUUUGGCUAUCUCUAUAAACUGUGGCACAAACUGGCCAAGAUACGAGAUAAUCUAGCAGUAAGCCUGGACAACCAGUCAUCUCCAUCUCCUCCACUCUUGAUCCCACCACUCAGAAUGUUUGCAUCAUGGCUAUUCAAGGCUACAACUCUGCCAAAUGAAUAUAAGGAAGGCAAACUGCAAGCCUACAAACUGAUCUGUGCCAUGAUGACCAGACGUCAGGAUGUUCUGCCAAACUCGGAUUUCCUGGUGCAUUUCUACCUUGUGAUGCACCUGGGAUUAACCAGCGAGGACCAGGAUGUCUUAAAUACUAUCAUAAGAAACUGUUCACCCCGUUUUUUCUCCCUGGGUUUGCCUGGUUUCUCUAUGCUGGUGGGGGACUUUAUCACUGCUGCUGCCAGGGUCCUCAGUGCAGACAUGUUGUUGGUGCCCCGUUCAGAAGCUCUCACAAUCCUUGGAUCCCUUGUCUGUUUCCCAAAUACCUACCGCAAGAUUCCUCUGUUGCAGUCAGUGCCAGAAAUGAGUGAGGUCAUCACAGGAACCGAAGAUGUCAAGCAUUACCUCAUAAAUAUUUUACUGAAGAAUGCUACCGAGGAACCAAAUGAAUGUGCAAGAUGCAUCGCCAUUUGCUCCCUCGGGGUUUGGAUCUGUGAAGAGCUUACACAGUGUGCCAGCCAUCCUCAGGUGAAGGAUGCCAUCAAUGUGAUAGGUGUAACUCUGAAGUUUCCUAACAAGAUCGUGGCUCAGGUAGCCUGUGAUGUUCUUCAGCUGCUGGUUUCCUACUGGGAAAAGCUUCAGAUGUUUGAAACUGCUCUACCGCGAAAAAUGGCAGAAAUCCUUGUGGCCACAAUUGCAUUUCUUUUACCAAGUGCAGAGUACUCCUCAGUGGAAACAGAUAAAAAGUUUAUUGUGUCCUUGCUCCUCUGCCUCUUGGACUGGUGCAUGGCACUGCCUGUGAAUGCCCUUCUCCACCCUGUGUCCACAGCAGUCCUGGAGGAGCUGCACCCACCCCGGGCUCCCUUGCUGGAUUAUAUCUACAGGGUUCUGCACUGCUGUGUCUGUGGCUCAAGCACAUACACACAGCAAAGUCACUACACUCUAACCUUGGCUGACUUGUCAUCCACGGAUUAUGACCCCUUCCUGCCUCUGGCAAAUGUGAGAAACUCAGAGCCGGUCCAGUACCAUUCAUCAGCAGACCUGGGGAAUCUACUGACUGUGGAAGAGGAAAAGAAGAGAAGAAGUGUGGAAUUGAUCCCCCUCACUGCACGAAUGGUGAUGGCCCACCUAGUGAACCACCUAGGCCACUAUCCACUGAGUGGGGGCCCGGCCGUGCUGCACAGCCUGGUCAGUGAGAACCACGACAAUGCCCAUGUGGAAGGUGCUGAGCUGUCCUCGGAAGUGUUCAGGAGCCCAAACCUGCAGCUCUUUGUAUUUAAUGAUAGUACCCUCAUCUCCUACCUUCAGACACCUGCAGAAGGACCAGAUGGAGGGACUUCAGGGGGUUCCCUCUCAGAUGUGAGAGUCAUUGUGAGGGAUAUCUCAGGGAAGUACUCUUGGGAUGGCAAGGUUUUAUAUGGACCUCUGGAAGGCCGCUUGACACCCAGUGGAAGGAAUCCCUCUUUUCAGAUUUCUGGCUGGCAUCAACACAUGUGUGGACCUCAGAAAGAUUUGUCUCACAGUGAAGAGGGAGAUGAUGCGCUUGACAAAUUACUUGAAAGCAUUGGCCAUACAAGCCCUGAAUGCCUUUUACCAUCACAACUAAAUCUAAACGAGCCUUCCCCACCCCCGUGUGGGAUGAACUGUGACCAAGAGAAGGAAAUCAUUGAGGUCAUUCUGCGUCAGAGCAUACAGGAAGAUGAGUAUGUCCAGAGGUGUAACUCUAAUUCUGCAGUGAAGGUCACCAGCCAAGGGCAGCCCUCGCCAGUGGAACCCCGAGGACCCUUUUAUUUCUGCAGGUUGUUGCUUGAUGACCUGGGAAUGAAUUCCUGGGACAGAAGGAAGAAUUUUCAUUUGUUGAAGAAAAAUUCAAAAUUGUUGAGAGAGCUAAAGAAUCUGGACUCACGUCAGUGCCGUGAGACACACAAGAUAGCAGUGUUUUACAUUGCUGAAGGGCAAGAAGACAAGUGCUCCAUCCUAGCCAAUGAAAGAGGAAGCCAAGCAUAUGAAGACUUUGUUGCUGGUCUUGGAUGGGAGGUAGAUCUUUCAACCCACUGUGGGUUCAUGGGUGGUCUUCAGCGCAAUGGCAGCACGGGACAGACAGCCCCUUACUAUGCUACCUCUACUGUGGAAGUAAUUUUCCACGUUUCCACACGGAUGCCAUCAGAUUCAGAUGAUUCACUCACCAAAAAGCUCCGUCACCUGGGGAAUGACGAGGUCCACAUCGUCUGGUCUGAACACUCCAGGGACUACCGCAGGGGCAUUAUCCCAACAGCCUUUGGAGACGUUUCGAUCAUUAUUUACCCAAUGAAGAAUCAUAUGUUCUUUAUCACGAUAACAAAGAAACCUGAGGUCCCGUUCUUUGGGCCUCUGUUUGAUGGAGCCAUUGUGAGUGGGAAGCUGCUGCCAAGCCUUAUCUGUGCCACGUGCAUCAAUGCCAGCAGAGCGGUGAAGUGCCUCAUCCCACUCUAUCAGAGCUUCUACGAAGAGCGAGCUCUGUAUCUGGAAGCAAUAAUUCAAAACCACCGGGAAGUCAUGACAUUUGAGGAUUUCGCAGCUCAAGUCUUUUCUCCCUCUCCCAGCUACUCUCUCAGUGGAACGGAUUAAAAUACAUAGCGGUCUCAGGUCUCAUUAUGAUCCUUGGGCAAGGGGUCUUGAUCUCCAGCCUGAAUAUGGACCCCAAGAAAACCCUCCAUGUGGAAGACACAGGCAAGACUCCCCUGCUAUCCCCAGGACCCUCAAAUCUAGACUCCAGGAAACUGCCCUGUGCUAGCACGUUUGCAGCAAGCCUUCCCAUUGCUGGGCCAAGUUCAGAAGUGAUCUAGUUUGUGUGGAACUUUCAGACAAGGCUGUGUCCCUCUUGUCCUGGAAUCUCAUAAACCUUGGGCUUUAGAAGAAGAAAAGAAGUUGCCAUCACCUAGGAAUAAGCCUGCUGUGAUGUGUAGUAGUCUGGAGCCCUAGGCAGAAUACAGUAGCGAAAGGUUUGGGGGCCCACAGGGAAGGGGCAGGGGCACUUGUCUGUAUCCCUGAGUUGUUUUCCUGGCAUUUAUACACCCAGCUUGAUUCCCAAAAGGGCUGACAAAAUAAUUGUGUGAUUGUUGGAGGAAUUUCCUCCAUAAUGAUUUUGCUAAUCCUUAUGUUAGGAUUUACAUUUUAAUUCAGACUUUUCAUCAUCAAAAUUUCAUCAUCAGGGAAACUGGCUGUCCCCAGGGUCUUUUCCCACAGGAAGUUUCACCUCCAUCAUUAGCUUUUCUCUAUCUGGUACCUGAGGCCUACUGACUAAGAUUCUCCUAAUGACACAAUUCUGCCAGGUCUUGACAGAGAUAUUCCACAUAGAGCGGUCAGAAGUGUCUAGAAAUACGGGGCUGUCCACAUGAGAACACUAAGCAGAUGAGUGGCAUCUCUGCCCAGCUCAGCUCAGCCCAGCCCUGCUCACCCCAGUUUGUCCAGCCCAGCACCACCUACAUCAACACACAAGAUUAGUGCCUGCUGCAGCUCCAGGGCUGACCAGCACCCACAUCAUGUCCAGUGCCCCCAAAAGCUCACCUGCAGUCUCCUCCUACCUGUUGUUCAGAGACAAAGACAAGCCCUGGAAACAGUUCUUGUCACAUAAGUUUUAGGGUAACAGGUUCCAAGCAAUCCAUUUGAUGCAUAUAUAUGUAUUAUAUAUAUUAACCUGUCUGGCUCCAAGGAGAGUGUGUUGUGCCUAUUAGGGACGGGAGAGAGGGAAGGAGUUAAAUGUGUCCCUUGCUGGACAUUUUGGACAUUAGAAUCUAGCAACUAAAAGUCAGUUCACAGGGAAGAGCUCUGUCCCCACUCCCUACACUCUGUCCUGGCACUGUCUCAGAGCUCCAGUGUUGCUUCAUUCCCUGUUCUGCCUCAAAGCAAAGCACAGAAAUUGCUGCAGAGGCCGUCCCUCCCUUGCUAUAUACGGUCCUGCUACCUGAGGCCAUUUCCCAGUGCACAUGUCUAGGGUGACCCCUUCACUCAGAGCAGGAAAGCAGCUGUGGAAUGUAGCCUACAGGGGCUCAGGCAUGGGAAGGGAAGGCCUCGAUGUGGCCACCUCUCUACCUUCCUCUCUCUGUUCUUUAUUCUCACCCGUUACUCCUAGCCUGCUUGGUCAUUCCCCUGAACCUGCUUCUAACAUCAAUGUCCAUUCUCCCAGAGGAUCCAGCUUUUUCCAUCUACUGUAGAGUUGAAUUGGCUGCUGUUAACUUUGGUAGAGAAAGGGGCAGAGCCAGAAGCCAGACUCAGCCUUGCAGUGAGUGGGAAUUCUGAGAGCAUCAUUCUAGGAGCACCUUCCAACUGCAGGAAAAAUUCAUCCACCUGCUGUGAAGGGAAUUCUGUAGCCUUCCAUCCCAGACCCACAGACAGAAGCACCUGGAAAGCUGCCUGGGGAUCAUAAACAGAACAGGACAUUGCAAAGCAGAAGGAAACCCCUAAUCCCUGUGCGCUGUGUGCUAAGGGCCAGGAUGCUCACUUAUUGGGAGUUUAAUGGUGAUAGAAGGGUAAGGAAAUGUCAUGGCAUUUUCCAUUGUGUUGGUGAUACCAGGAUUCAUAACACACACUCACUGUGUGCAUGCGUGCCUCUGUGUGUGUGUGUGUGUGUGUGUGUGUGUGUGUGCACAUGUGUGAGAGAUGGAGGGAGGGGAGAGAGAAUUUGAGCUUUCUGGUCUGGUUGCACAGUAUUGCUCAGACUUCUAUUAUUGAUCCGCUGCUUGACUGUUUACAAAGUGCCCAGACCUGACUACUGUAGAGUCACCACAAGCACACCUCACCCCAAGUCCUGGACACUAGAGGCCCCUGUAGCCCUCUUUCAGAAGUAGCUUCUACAAUAGCACCUAAGGCUCCAGAAACCCCUGUUGUGGAAUUCUUUCUUGUCAUUUUGGAAGUCCUCUAAUUUUAUUUUUUUAGUAGUAACAGAACCCAAGGCCACAACCCAGUCCCCAGAGGUUCUUUUUAACUCCCCCAGCCUUCUGUUCAUGUUUUCAUCUGCUUCUAUAAGCCAACACUCUCAGACUUGGAGUGAGAAAGUCAGUUGGAGGUAGCUUAAUGGUCUUACCCACCCCAUUCCCCGGGUGACAGCAGCAGUUUAUGUAUGUUUAUGUUUUACUUUUUUAGUCCAUGGGCCUUGGAUUGGUAAUAGCUCUGGUUAGAGACUUAGACUUGGGGAGCAGGGACUCUGAUAACCAUGUUUGGUUGGAUUUAGCAGUUCUUGUUAUUUGGGGUGGAAAAUUAAAAUGAUCAAGUUCAGUGUUUCUUUUUUUUUCAGUUGGAAAAGCAAAUAUUGUGUUUUUAUAAUAAAUGUCUCUUAGCAAAAUUGCUAAGGGUCACUCAUCUGGUAGAGACCCUCCAGAGAGUGACUCAUCACAUCAGUAUUAGUAAGUCAGCCAUCUGUAAUAAAAGUGGCGCUAAUUACCCCAAAGUGUGAUAUGACUCUGGGCUCCUGCAGGGUCUGGCCAGUGCCCUUACUUCUCAGCAUGCUGAUUUCUGGAUUUCCAUAAAGAGGGAAACUGAUGUUUAUAUUCUUGAUUAGACUUUUAUGCUUUAAAAAACAGUAAUCCUGCAAAAUUAUGACUUUUUAAAAAUAGCCAGACCUUCAGCAGAUAGGAGAAAAGAAAUUUAGCCUGGUGAGUGACUUUUACAGUGUCUUCAGCAGCCAAGUUUUCAGCUCUUGAGAGCCCUGGGGAAUGGACUCUGACUUUGUAAUUGGCUGGUUAAUAGGAUCCUUAGCCUUAUAAAGGAGACCACACAGCUCCAGUGAGCCAUGCAAAUCCUGUCUUCCCAACUGUCCUCAGGUGUCAAUUCCUUCUUGCCACUAACCUGUAAUGGAGGUUUGAUGGACCCUCUAAACCUUCCAGUGUGUCUUAUGUGCAGCUGUGUUACCCCACACCUACUGAAGGGGGUGUCACAUCUAAGGGAAACUCGUCCUUGUAUUUGCACCCAAUUUCUAUGUAUAUGACACACACUGUAAGCAAACAUUUUCUUAGUUUCAGGUCUACCAUGUGUAGUAUGUGUAAAUAGGGGGAAAUUGAUAGAGAUGAUAAAUUAAGUUAUAGCAUGUUGUUUGAUUGUUUUGUGGUCUCUUGUUAUUUAACUUCCCAGUGCUGCAUAUCUAGGUUGUUCUGAGGUGGGGGAGACCUCCAAGUCUGCCCCACCUUGACAGGAGUGUGCUCGUGUACUAGGACACACUCCACAGAGGCAGCCAUGCUGGGAAAACACUUAGCUUCUUAAUGGUGCCACUCAACUCCAGUUCACUCUUGUUCCUUCUGAUUUCUUAGGAUGAUUUGAUGAGCCAGAAGCACAGCAUCUAGGUGCUGCAUGUUUCUGACAUUCUCAUAGUUUGUAGGAAAAUAAAAGUUUAUCCCAACAUCUAAUAAA